GCGCGCCAAGUUCGCCGCGUACAGCCGCCAGGCUACCGCUCGCCGCCUCACAGUCCGUCACCGUCGCUCGUCGUGCGAGCAACACGCGGACGUCUCCGCAGUCAGGCUGCCACGCACUGCGUGUGUUUUCAUCGUCGCACCGUUGACACAGUGACGGAUUCGAGUCCCGUGUUGCAGCAGCGGAGCGCACGAGGGUGGAUUCCCGCGUUGCGCUCAGACUCGAUACGCUCGUAAAUUCGCGGUUCAGAUAAUCGACGCUAAAAAAAAACUGGCCGUUCUCCGCGUAUCGCGGCAAGGACCUUAUCCCGGGGAGGAUCGAGCGGUCGCGGCUCGAUCGCGAUCUCGCAUUGGCGAAGGCGCCCUUCAGCGCGCGCUGUCAAGGCACGAGCGAACGCGGGACAUUGAACGUUGAUUCGUCAGUCGCGCGACAACCCGCGAACGAGUGUGCGCCCCCAGAUUGUUUAUCGACCACAUUAUCGCAGCUCGUGAAACAGUCCCUGAAACGGGCGAGGAUCGGUCGGGGAAGCGGGCGGAGCGCCACGACAGCCGCCGUUUCGCCCUGCGAGUGACAAGUGGUCGGCGACGCGUGGUUAACCACGUGGCGCGGUGUGUUGCGCCGGUGUACAGCCGCCUGGGUGGCGUGAACUUUCGCGGGACUCUCUUUCCCUUCCGGGCGCGUGUGCGCCGGGAGAAUCGCGCGUGCACACACGGACGGACACAAGGUGACGAGCAGUCGUUGGCGAUCGGACGUUUUUGCGGCUUCGUCCAACGAUCGCUACGCUUCGCUCGGCAACUGAUAAAGUUCACGGUCGAUCUACGCCUGUCGGUCUCCCACGAGGUAUUCGGGGAAGGGGGGGGGGGCAUGGUGCAACAGUGAUUAGUCCGCCGUAUAUCAUCGCCGGUGCCAGCAACAGUCGCAAGGGUAGCGCGGGGUCCGGGUGGUGGUAGUCUGGUGUCGCCGUCGCAGGUCGCCGCGAGAUGCUGAGAGCCUCGGCCGUCCAGUUCAGCCAAUCACGUAGGGUGCUGCGAUCCGUGCCGAGGGCCGUCGCGGCCUGCUAAGAUGACCGCGCGUCUACACUCGCUGAGGCACCAGGAGAAGAAAUCAGCCGGCAGCAGCCACAGACAGCACCACCAGCAUCAGCAGCAGGCCGUGCAUCAGGGUCCGAGCCCGGCACCGAGCCCCAGUCCCAGCCUCAGCCCGAGCCCGAAACAUUCGGACGGACGAAGAGCUAACAAACCACUAAUGGAAAAACGACGACGAGCGAGGAUCAACCAGUCCUUGGCGGCGCUGAAGGCGCUCAUCCUUGACAGCGCCCGCUUGGAGAACACCAAGCACAGCAAGCUCGAGAAAGCCGAUAUCUUGGAGCUUACGGUCAGGCAUCUGCAGCGGCAGAGAUCGCUCGCUCAGCCCGGCCUGUCCAGGUACAAGGCGGGAUACCAGGACUGCUCCAGAGAGGUGAGUCGCUAUCUUGAUGCGCCAGACAUCAUCACGGGCAACACCACGCCAAUGGACCCGGCGGUGAAGCAGCGGCUGCUCCGCCACCUCGACAGCUGCGUGUCGGAGCUCGACCUGGACCUGGGCUCGCGACCGGACAGCGGCCUGGGCAGCAGUCCGGGCAGCGUGACGGACCGCGUGGCGGGGACGACGAGCCCGGGCCCGCUGGACCACCACGUGCCGGUCGGGCCGCAUUGCAGCGCCGCGCUCACGCCAGCCGGCCUGAUCAAGUCCGAGAUCCCGGAGAUGGUGGAGGCGGCGCGGCCGGACAGCAGCACCACCGCCGGCGACGAGAACAACAACAGCAGCCGGCCGACCUCCGCCUUCAGCCAGGUGAACCCGGCGACGUUGGACCCGCACCAUCCGCAUCAUCCGUCGGGGCUGCCGGUCGACCAGGCGUCCACGUCGCAGCAGAAUCCCAACAUGCUCUCCGUCGUGCAAGUCAUACCCUCCCGACUACCGGACGGCCAGGUGGUCUUCCUGCUGCCGAGCCACUACGUGCAGCUGGCGGCGGCGGCCGCGGCGAACGGCAUCAGCAUCGGGCCUAAUCCGCCAACGGCGAUCUGGGCGGCGACCAACAUGUCGCUGCUCAAGGCCACUGACAAGCUGGUGAAGCGACCGCACGAGGACAUCGGCCAGGAGUGGCAGGACCCCACCGGCGGCCUCAAGCCUAGCAAGAGCCCGCGGAUGGAGCAGCCGGAGCAGCCGCUCGACUUCACCACCACGUCCAAGAAGAUGAAGACCGGCUCGAGAAACUCGACGCACUCCGGCGUCGUGGAUCACCAUCAUCUGCGGCAGCAACAGCAGCAGCAGCAGCAGGCCCGUGUACCGGCCGAGACCGGCGGUCCCGUCGUCCACGAAGAUAGACCGUCUAGUCACACGGACAGUGAGGUUGCCGUCGGCAUGCCUUCCCCGUCGCCAGUCGGCCAGCAACCGGUCAAGGAUGAGGAGGGUAUGUGGAGACCAUGGUAAAGAUCCGAUGCUCUUUAUCUUUGUAAAUAGAAGUGUAUCUUGUGGGGCGCGCGUGCGAAACCGGAGAUCGCGCAGCUGCGAUCGUCGUCUACUGCGGAAAUCUUCCUUACAUCGCUACGAUCAGGUCGCGCAAUACUCGCCGCGUACCUGGAUGAUUGGUCUCGGUCAGCAAAAUCGACGCACGUGAUUGGAAAUUAUUUUCGAGAUAUAAAAGAAUGUUGUCGUAGACUUUAGAUUAUUUUUUAAGGUAGAUGCGUCAUUGUUUCGAGUCCGGAGGCGAAAAACUGAAUAUUUUUCUGACCAAAUGGCGACUGAAUCGGUGAGAACGGUGAAGGGGACACGUGUGACACCUCGGCCUUGCUCUUGCGCGAAAUUGAGAGAUUCGUAACGAAUACGUCGAAAAAAAGUUCUCGCUACCAUAGCUAAUCAUGGUUCGCUGAAAAUAUUUUGCUGCCGUAAACUACAAAUUUCCAAACCACGGCUUGCCGCCGCGCCCGAUACAACAGGCACAGUGGCAAAAUAUUUACCUGUCACAACUAAAUGCUAUAUUUUACAACUGAAAGUUUAGUUAUCACAGUGCAGCUUUUAGCUACGGCAGCUACAUUUUUUCCCCCGUGUACUUUAAGUAACCACGGCGCGGUGAAAUCUACGCUACACUCAAAGAAAUGAUCUCGCAACUGCAGCGACCAUUGUCUAGGUUCGAAAAACUGAGGUAUACAAAUGAGUAACCAAUACUGCGAAAUUGUACAUGUUUUGUACUUAAUCAAUGUAAAUAGAAUUUCUAUCUCAACUAUUGGCGAACGUUAGAGAGAAAGUCUUUCUGUGGCGCCCAUCCAUUGUGAGACCAUCCAAAGAUUGUUCUAGCUGGCACAGAAAUUCAUUUCUGUCUCACGUUGUAUUAGAAUCAGUUUCAUUCGAGAUCCGCUAACGUACGGUUGCUGUUUGGAAGUUUUAGAAAUUGACGUCGCUAUUAAAAAUCCACCGACUACCGAGACAUAUAUGACAUGAAUUCGCUGACUCGUAAACUCAUUGUGUUUCGGCACAAAAUUUUUCAGUCAACAUUAGAUUGCACUUGAAAAGGACCCGAUAAAGAGGUCGAAACAUUGCGUCUUAAGUAAAAUCCACAUUUUUGCCAGUCUGGCCGACUUCGAAAGAAUUUUACUAUUUGUUACUAGAGUGCUGCUAUUAAUUUUGCAGGCUACAAUUUUCUAACAGAUACAAAGGUUAACGAUGAACUCUUGUUGCGACGCCUAGAAAUCUACCUGCGUUACUAAGAUACUUUUUUGAGUGUACGCUAAGGAGCCCGAAAAUUGCCGGCUUUUACUUCGGUUGCCAUCGAGAGCUCUCUUGCCUCGGACACUUUCUUACAAUCUGCCUCCCACGGAAGUAAGGAGUAAAAAUUAGGGGUGUACCUUCUAGACCGCCUCUUCAACUGACGGAAAGUCACAGAGGAACUUUUAGAUCUGCGCGAUGUCGGGGGACUAGUCGAACUUCCACCUCUGCUUAUUGCUCGGAGGGCUCCACCUCUUCGCGGCAAAGUAUAAGCAUAAAGCCCGAAACCGAGAGAUUCGUAGAACAGCUUUUCAGCUUUUCUCAAGCGUAUGACUCCGUCACGUGUCCCCUCUCCGUUCUGAACCGCUUCAAUUAUCACAAUUUAUUUCGAUGCGCGCUGCGCGAAAUAUCCGUUGCGGCACGUUCGAGCCGGAGGAAUACGUCCCCGAAAAUGCGCGUACAUUUCGAAAAGUGCUCCUCAAUUAGCGUAAUAUAAUUCUCAAAAGAGCGGCGAUACGCGAAACCAAAAGUAAUUAACGCGCGAUAUUUAUUUACGUUUAUUACGAGGGGAAGAGGGGGGGAGGAGAGAAUUGGCAAUGACACAAUUUCACGAUAAUGCAAUCCGCAAUCGGGUUUGCACAAUCGGCGAAUUUUCACAGGCGCGGGAAAUUAACGCGAUUGGCGU